AUGGCGGAUAUCAGUAGAAAGCUAGGUCUCGCCGAUUCAAAGGAAGUGAUACGAAAGGCAUCGGAAUUACGCCGUCUCUGUGACCUCAACUUCAAUUCAUCCUCAAUCGGAGUGGGAGAGAUUUGCAAAGCAAUUAUAUGUUUAGAAAUGGCUGCAUCGAAAUUCGACGUGAUAUUUGAUCGUCGUAGAGCUACAAAAUUGAGUGGAAUGUCUGAUAAAGCAUAUACUAGAUCAUUUAAUGUUAUGCAGAAUGGUUUAGGUGUGAAGAACAAGCUUGAUAUAAGAGAAUUAGCUAUUCAAUUUGGAUGUAUCAGAUUGAUUCCGAUUGUUAUAAGAGGUUUAUCUCAGUAUAAAGAUCGGUUUAUCAAAUCUUUGCCGGUUUCUCGUCGAUCUGGUUCUGAUUUCAAUCGAUCUGUAUUUACUGCUGCUGCGUUUUUUCUGUUAGCGAAGAAACAAAAGGUUAAAGUUGAUAAGGUUAAGUUGAUUCAGCUUUGUGGUACAUCUGAAUCUGAGUUUUCUAAUGUCUGUUCUUCGAUGAAAGAUCUUUGUUUUGAUGUGUUUUGUGUAUUGAAAGAAAAGAAGGAUUCGAAAGAAAUCAAAGGGAAUAGAGAUCUGUUGAAUCCAAUAUUGAAGAAACGUAAACUUGAUGAUGGUGAUUCUUCAUCUGGUGAUUGUUCAUCUGAUGAUGAUGAUGAAGAAGAAGAUAGGGUUUCAUGUUGUAAGAAGAUCAAGCUCAUGUAGAAAGGAUUCUACUAUGAUGAUAUUAGGGCCGGCCCUAGGGUUUAGGGUACCCUAAUUGAUUUUUUUUUUUUUAUGAACACAAAUUUUGAGGGUUUGGUUUAUAUAACUUUUUUAUAUAAGAAUUAUU